AUGGCGGACCUUAAUUCGUGGGAGGACGACAAGGACGCACAAGACGACAACCUCGCUCAGCAAGCACGCAACCUCAACCUCGGAAACGCGCGAGCAAACGCAUUCCAGCCAGGCGCCAACAGCUUCCAACCCGGCGCACACGCAUUCACACCUGGCCAGCAAUAUCAGUCGUACGGCCAAUACCAGCAGCCUGGCACCUAUCCGCAAUACGCUCAACAAGGCUACGGAGGCUAUCAGCAGUAUGCCCCGCAGGGUUAUGGCCAGUACGGGCAAGCCGGUUACGGACAAGGGGGUUAUGGCCAGCAAGGCUAUGAUCAAUAUGGGCAGCAGCAGUACGGUGGCUAUCAGCAACAAGGCUACCAGCAGCCUCAGCAACCGCAACAGCAGCAGCAGCAACGCCAGACUCCAGUCAUCGCGAAGCGAGGACAAUCACUAGAGAAGCCCGAAUCGCCUCAACCGCCCGCGCAAACUAGCAACGCACCCGCACCCAAAGCCAAGGUCCUCACCAUCGGCGGCGACACAGCCGCAGCACCCAAAGCGAAAGUCCUCUCAAUAAGCGGCGACGCACCGAAAGUAGAGAAGACGGGCGCGACGAAAGUUCUGAGCAUAGGGACGCCGAUAAAGCCCCCCGAAGAAGCCCCACCACCCUCAGCAAAGGAGAGUGUCGACAAAGAAGCACCUGCAGCUGGCGCAAAGCUGACGGCGGCGAAAGCAAUCGAGAAGACCGGCGAACCCACAGGCGCAGCGGCAGCGCCAGGCAAUGCGGAGGCGUCACCAUCUUCAGGGCGGAGCAGCCCUAGCCGAGCAGACAAGAAGGCAGAGGCGCGAGAAGCCGAUGCUGUGAUAAAAGAGCAGGCGGCAGAUGUGGACGAGGAGACGCUGGCGGAGAUGUACGGGAAGGAGCACGUGAACGUCAUCUUCCUGGGGCACGUCGAUGCGGGCAAGUCGACGCUGGGCGGCAGUAUCUUGUACGCGACCGGCAUGGUGGACGAGCGGACGAUGGAGAAGUACAAGAGGGAAGCCAAAGAAGCCGGGCGAGAGACAUGGUAUCUGUCCUGGGCUUUGGAUUUGACGAAAGAGGAGAGGUCAAAGGGAAAGACCGUGGAGGUGGGAAGGGGCUUCUUCGAGACGGAGAAGCGACGGUACAGCAUCCUCGAUGCGCCUGGCCACAAGACAUUCGUGCCAAACAUGAUUGGAGGAGCGUCCCAGGCCGAUGUCGGUGUCCUUGUCAUCUCAGCGCGAAAGGGUGAGUAUGAGACUGGGUUCGAAAAGGGCGGCCAGACGAGAGAGCACGCGAUGCUCGCCAAGACCCAGGGCGUCAACAAGCUGGUUGUCGCUGUAAACAAGAUGGAUGACCCUACAGUCGAAUGGAGCCAGGAACGGUACAAGGAGUGCAUCACCAAGCUUGGUGUGUUUUUAAAAGGCGUUGGCUACAAUCCCAAAACUGACAUCGAAUACAUGCCCAUCUCCGCCCAAACAACCGUUGGCAUCAAAGACCGCGUCCCCAAGAGCCUGGCCCCAUGGCACGACGGCCCCUCUCUCUUAGAGUACCUGGACAGCAUGCAGACCCUCGAGCGCAAAGUCAACGCCCCCUUCAUGAUGCCCAUCUCAGCCAAGUACCGCGACAUGGGCACCAUGAUCGAGGGCAAGAUCGAAUCCGGCGUCAUCAAAAAGGGGCUCAACUACCUCAUGAUGCCUAACCGGGACACCGUCGGCAUCUCAGCGCUCUACGGCGAGACGGAGGAGGAGAUCAACGCCGCGACCUGCGGAGACCAGGUGCGCAUCCGCCUCAGGGGCGUCGAGGAGGAGGAUAUCAUGCCCGGCUUCGUGCUCUGCAGCCCGAAGAGGCCGGUCCACUGCGUCUCAACCUUCGAAGCGCAAAUCGUGCUACUAGAUCUCAAGUCCAUCCUCAGCGCUGGAUUCAACUGCGUCAUGCACGUGCAUUGCGCGCAGGAAGAAGUCACCUUCGCAGCCCUGUUGCACAAGCUUGAGAAGGGGACAGGGCGGAAGAGCAAGAAGGCCCCCGGGUUCGCGACAAAGGGCAUGAGUAUUAUUGCGCGGCUGGAGGUUAUUGGAGGCGCGGGCAGUGUCUGUGUUGAGAGGUUUGAGGAUUAUCCGCAGUUGGGCCGGUUCACGCUUAGAGAUCAGGGCCAGACUAUUGCGAUUGGGAAGAUUACGAAGCUGAUUACGGAGCCGGGGGCCGCGAACUAA